CGGCCUGCACCGGGUCCCGGUUCCGCCCCGCCCCGCUCACCCCAGUGCUAUCACUGACGUGUCUCUCGGCGGAGGUGCUGCGCGCGUAGCAGGCUGGGCCGCGGGCACAGUCGCCUCGCGCGGAGCGGAGUGGAGCCUAAGCAGUACCCGGAGCGCGAGCAGCCGCCGCCAUGGCUAUCAAAUUUCUGGAAGUCAUCAAGCCUUUCUGUGUCAUCUUGCCGGAAAUUCAGAAGCCGGAGAGAAAGAUUCAGUUUAAGGAGAAGGUGCUAUGGACUGCUAUCACCCUCUUUAUUUUCUUGGUGUGCUGUCAAAUUCCCCUGUUUGGUAUCAUGUCUUCAGAUUCUGCUGACCCUUUCUAUUGGAUAAGAGUGAUCCUAGCCUCUAACAGAGGCACAUUGAUGGAGCUGGGUAUCUCUCCCAUUGUCACCUCUGGCCUCAUCAUGCAGCUCUUGGCUGGCGCCAAAAUAAUUGAAGUUGGUGACACCCCAAAAGACCGAGCUCUCUUCAAUGGAGCCCAAAAGUUAUUUGGCAUGAUCAUUACCAUUGGCCAGUCUAUUGUGUAUGUGAUGACGGGAAUGUAUGGGGACCCUUCUGAAAUGGGUGCUGGAAUCUGCCUGUUAAUCACCAUUCAGCUCUUUGUUGCUGGUUUAAUUGUUCUACUUUUGGAUGAACUUCUACAAAAAGGGUACGGCCUGGGUUCUGGUAUCUCCCUCUUUAUUGCCACUAACAUCUGUGAGACCAUCGUGUGGAAAGCGUUCAGCCCCACCACUGUCAACACUGGCCGAGGGAUGGAAUUUGAAGGUGCCAUCAUUGCAUUGUUUCAUCUGCUGGCCACACGCACUGACAAGGUCCGAGCCCUUCGAGAGGCCUUCUACCGCCAGAACCUCCCCAACCUCAUGAAUCUCAUUGCAACCAUCUUUGUCUUUGCAGUGGUCAUCUAUUUCCAGGGCUUCCGAGUGGACCUGCCCAUCAAGUCGGCUCGUUACCGAGGCCAGUACAACACCUACCCUAUCAAGCUCUUCUACACCUCCAACAUCCCCAUCAUCCUGCAGUCCGCCCUGGUGUCCAACCUGUACGUCAUCUCCCAGAUGCUGUCGGCCCGCUUUAGUGGCAACCUGCUGGUCAGCCUGCUGGGCACCUGGUCUGACACGUCUUCCGGGGGUCCAGCCCGUGCUUAUCCAGUUGGUGGCCUUUGCUAUUACCUGUCCCCUCCAGAAUCUUUCGGCUCCGUGUUAGAAGACCCUGUCCAUGCUGUUGUAUAUAUAGUGUUCAUGCUGGGCUCGUGUGCAUUCUUCUCCAAAACAUGGAUCGAGGUCUCAGGCUCCUCUGCCAAAGAUGUUGCAAAGCAGCUGAAGGAGCAGCAGAUGGUGAUGAGGGGCCACCGAGAGACUUCCAUGGUCCAUGAACUCAACCGGUACAUCCCCACUGCUGCUGCCUUCGGGGGGCUGUGUAUUGGAGCCCUCUCUGUCCUGGCUGACUUCCUGGGUGCCAUCGGGUCUGGAACUGGGAUCCUGCUCGCGGUCACAAUCAUCUACCAGUACUUUGAAAUCUUUGUGAAAGAGCAGAGCGAGGUCGGCAGCAUGGGGGCCCUUCUGUUCUGAGCCAUGUCUCCCCUGGACCAGGAAGAGGACCAUGCUCUGGAAUUGCCAAGGAAGGGGGACUAACGAAUCCAUCGUGGGAUACUGCUGUGGCAUGUGGACCUUUGUUUACUUUUAUUUUUAUUUUUUUUUUUGAAUUUCAUAUUCUUUCAUUCCAAUUUUUAAAGGGCCAGGAAUUUCCAAUUUGAAAUUUUACUUUUUAUUCUGGCAUUGGCAGAAUAACUAAAGCAGUGAGGCUUUAUUCAGUUGAUGGCCAGAAAUUGGGAGGGUAAAUGACUGUCCUCAGUGUCCAUGUAACCUUUGUUUUAACCUUCGCACCUUCUCAGUGCCAUAGGCGGCUGCAGUGGUCUCAGCUGUUCCCCUACAAGGGAAUGUCUUAUUGGUUAGAAGCACAAACAUUGUUGAAAGGACUACAUUUCAUUGUGGCAGCAGGGUGUGAGGCUGGGAGCAGACCAUGUGUUUUCUGGUAGAUGUGGGUGACUGGUUAGCGUGUCCCCUCAUGGUCAAGGGUAGGAGCAUCUACUUAAAACUUGUUCUCUGGAAGACACAAUUGUCUUCUCUCUUAAAAGUAGUUUUUUAGGACAGAGCUUCUUCUAAAAGAAGGAUGAAUUUCCUGGCAGACACUUUUGGGCUGUUCCUUUUUUCUGCAGGUGAGGUUGGGAUUCUUUUUUUUUUUUUUUCUUUAUAAACCUCACCUGAGGAUAUGUUUAUUGAUUUUUAGAGAGGGAAGAAGGGAAAGAGAGAGAAACACGCACCCUAACUGGAGAUCAAAGCCACAACCUUGGUAUGUGCCCUGAUGGGGAAUCAAACCUGCAACUUUUUUGGUGUACAGGAUGAUGCUCCAGCCAACUGAGCCACCAGCCAGGGCGAGUUGGGGAUUCUUUAGCUUUAUAAAGUUGUUCUGGCCAAGCUAGGCAAACGUGUGGCGAACCCCUUAAGUGAUGUCUAUCCAGUUCUUCCAGUUGUCACUGCCACUCAGCCCUAGCUAGGGGAGGCACUGUGGCAGGCACUCAGACAUGGAGAGACAGUGACUCACUUGGUGUUCACAGGCCACUGCUAUUUUCUAGGCUGAAAACUUUCCACUUAUAUUUUCAGAACUUUUUUACUGUGCUUAGGACCAAAUGUAAGUAAGGUAAAUGACAAGAUGCCACCUCUCUCUCAACCUCCCCAGAAGAGAAGAGCACAGGCCCGAGAUCUGUGAUGCCGUCGGAGUCAGAGAGCUUGUGCUUUCAUUCAGUUGCUCAAAUGAUUGUUAUAAAAAGACUCACGAUUAUGUUUAAAAUAAGUUCUGUUAGAAAUAACAGGUGAUCUAGAUCUUAGGAAUUGGAACCUUUUCCAAGGCCUUUAGGGAGGUCCCUCUCAGGGGGCAGGUGCCUGUCAGUGUUUGGCAGCAGGGACAGCAGAUUUGGGCACUGCAAGCCUGAGGGAUUCUUGCUGAGGAUGGCCCAGUUCUAAGAAGGGGGCACCAGGAGUAAGUGCAGCCGUGUGGAGAGCGAUGUCCACAGCAGCAGGUACACAGUGGCUCCGAAGCACAGAGACGUGAUCAUGAUUCAGGAGAAGUAACAAAUUUGACACCUGAGUCAGGAGAGCUGCUAGGAGUUCUCACUGGCAGUGCUCACCAGAAAACACUGACCAAGGGACAAGAAGCAACUUGCUUAAAACCACCCAGGAAGUCAGCCACAACCAGGAUGGGCCUGGCUGGUCUGUCCACCCCUAGUCCAGGGUGCACCACCAUAUCACACGUGGCCUUGUCAGACCCAGUCCUGAGCCGAGACCUAACCUCCCCCCAUGGGAAUGCUGCAACCUCUGGCAGGCAGGGCAGCCGUCCCCAGGCGCAGGGGCUGUAGUCUGGAGGGUGCUGGGCCUCAUGGCGGGAGCCCUGCAGCCCUCCCUGCCGCCUGUAAUCAUCAGUGAUGCCUCUGUGGUUAAUGACCACAGUGGGUCAGGACUGACCUCAGCUUCCAGGGACUGUCACUGUGGACGCCAAAAUGGCAUAACUGAGAUAAGGUGAAAAAGUAAAUAAAGCCAACUUUUUACAAGCCA